GAGGGGGGGGAGCGCGAGAGUGAGUGAGUGGCUGAGUGAGUUUACCCCUAUGAGGCGGUGAGAGGCCCGGGGCCUACCUCAGAGGAGCGGGGUCGCGGCGCCAGCUAGCAGCGGGCCCCCUCCCGGUCCCCGGGCCCGGCGGCGCGGCGGCGGCUCAGUUGUGAGGAGGCGGGGAAGCGAGUGUCCGGCCCCAGCUAUGGAGGGCAUGGACGUGGACCUGGACCCCGAGCUGAUGCAGAAGUUCAGCUGCCUGGGCACCACCGACAAGGACGUGCUCAUCUCCGAGUUCCAGCGGUUGCUCGGCUUCCAGCUCAACCCGGCCGGCUGCGCCUUCUUCCUGGACAUGACCAACUGGAACCUACAAGCAGCAAUUGGCGCCUAUUAUGACUUUGAGAGCCCAAACAUCAGUGUGCCCUCUAUGUCCUUUGUUGAAGAUGUCACCAUAGGAGAAGGGGAGUCGAUACCUCCUGAUACUCAGUUUAUAAAAACAUGGCGAAUCCAAAAUUCUGGGGCAGAGGCCUGGCCUCCAGGGGUUUGUCUUAAAUAUGUCGGGGGAGACCAGUUUGGACAUGUGAACAUGGUGAUGGUGAGAUCGCUAGAGCCCCAAGAGAUUGCAGAUGUCAGCGUCCAGAUGUGCAGCCCCAGCAGAGCAGGAAUGUAUCAGGGACAGUGGCGGAUGUGCACUGCUACAGGACUCUACUAUGGAGAUGUCAUCUGGGUCAUUCUCAGUGUGGAGGUGGGUGGACUUUUAGGAGUAACGCAGCAGCUGUCAUCUUUUGAAACGGAGUUCAACACACAGCCACAUCGCAAGGUAGAAGGAAACUUCAACCCGUUUGCCUCUCCCCAAAAGAACCGACAAUCAGAUGAAAACAACUUAAAAGACCCUGGGGGUUCCGGGUUCGACUCGAUCAGCAAAAACACAUGGGCUCCUGCUCCUGACCAAACCGAGCAAGAUGAGAAUAGACUCUCACAGAACUCUGUAAAUCUGUCCCCCAGCAGUCACGCAAACAACUUAUCAGUAGUGACUUACAGUAAGGGGCUCCACGGGCCUUACCCCUUCGGCCAGUCUUAAACGGGUGUCAGCAAGAAGAAAAAUUAACAAAAGACAGAAGGCUUGACUCUGGGGGGGAGGGCAAGGGGUUCCUCUGGAUUGCAGACCACAUCGCACGGACCCCUGGCUCUGACCCCCAUCCUGGAAGAAGAGGAAGAAUCAGAAAGACUAGUUUUGAGUAAACUCAGUGUGCGUGUGUGAAUGCCGAAUUGCAGGAGUGGUGUUGAGGCUACCGAGAAGAAAUCCAUGCAGCCAGUUUGGGUUUUGUUUAUUAGGCGUCAGUCUAACAA